AUGCGAGAUGCACAGAGGAGAUUUUAUUCCAUUGAACAAGAACCUACGACUGUUAAUGACGUGAUUGAGAAAGAACAUUUCAUAGCAAGCAUCACUCACACGGACUUCUUCCAAUCAGCUCUACAGGAUAAUGACAAACUGACGCUGCCAUUUUAUGAAGAAAAAUUUAUCGACAAGUUAUGCCCAAUAUGUAUGGAAGAAUUCUGCGACGGAUCGUUCGUGAGAGAACUGAAAUGUCGGCAUGCUUUUCAUCAUUCAUGUAUCAGAGAAUGGUUUGAAAUGAAUUGCUCAUGUCCAGUGUGCAGGGUGAAUGUGCCUGCUGAGAUGAACGCCAUCUAUAAGUUCAACGUAGAGAGGGGAGAAGAAGGUAGUAAGGAAAUCGUACGAGCUCAUAUCACCACCAAGGCGGCUGGAUGGAAGGCAGAGAAAUAUUAG